AUGUGUCUUGCGUCUUUUACAAAGGCCCAGACUUUCUCUGAAGAUGCCAUUUUACCCUGUCAGAAUCUACGGUCAGAGUUCUCAGAGACAUCGUCUGGUUGGAUUGCCCAUAGUUUGAAUAUGGAUACUUACGAAAUAACUCCCUCUGAUGGCAUCAAAAUGGUCCUUUUACCACCCAAGAAAUACAUUCGUCAUUUCGAUGAAUCAGUAGGCAAGUUUCUUCUUAUUACAAAAUUGCCGUAUAACGAGUUUGAAGGCGUUGGCCCCACCUUCAAUUCAACAAACUAUAUGAAAUAUGGGCGCUUUUCGGCUACAGUCAGAUCAGCGCCUGUUGGAGGUGCCGUCACAGCCAUGAUUCUGAUGGCAGACGGUGGUGAUGAGAUUGACUAUGAAAUACUGGGAGGUGAUCCAAAUCAUGUUCAAACAAAUUACUUUUAUGGAGGAAAACUGGAAUAUAUAGUCAAUGGAGGUCUUCAUGAGGUUUCUGGUGAACCGAUCUUUGAUGCAUUUCACACCUAUACAAUCGACUGGAGUCCAGAGCGUAUUGUCUGGGAAGUAGAUGGUAUUGUGGUUCGUACACGAGAGAAGAAAGAUACAUGUGAAGAUGGAGUCUGUAAAUAUCCUACACACGCAGCUCGUGUUCAACUAGGUUUAUGGGAUGGAAGUACAAAACCAGGAACUGCACAAUGGGCUCGAGGACCUAUUGACUGGUCACUACAUUCAUCGGUCAAUGCUUAUGUAAAAAACGUUGUACUUGAAUGUGAUUCGAGAUAUAAUUCGAUAAUGAUUAGUGAAAAUGCUCCAAAGCCAAGUGAAAAGGAAGUCUCUAUAUCCAACGGAACUCCUUCUGUGCUAAGCAGCGAGUCACCUAAUGUAGCCAAGAAAGAAAUUGCUUAUUCUCAACCAUCCCAGGCAUUCCGUAUUCCUCUUGACAUAUUGAAAGUCGGUUUAUUGGCCGUUUCGUUAACAUUCUUUUUUUAG